GAACUCUGCCUUGCCCCCGGGCCGUCCGCCCAAGACCCCCUCCUCGAACUCUGCCUUGCCCCCGGGCCAUCCGCCCGAGACCCCCUUCUCGGCUUCCGCUUUGCCCCGGGAUGUCCGUCCGAGUCCCUCCUCCGGUCCCACUCCACCCACCCUGUUGGACGUUUUUAACUCUUUUUUUUUUAGGGAUGUCUGGGAUCCGUCCCUUGAAGGGGGUGGGGGUCGUCUGUCACGGUCUGUCUGUCACAGUCUCUCUAUUUUGUGUUUUGUCUGUCUCUGGUUUCCUGUUUUAUUUUGAAAAGUGUUCACCCCCUGUCUUGUCUGUUGAUUCUUGUCUCUGUGUUUGCCCCCCUGUGUCUGAUUUCCUUAUUGUGUUCACCUGGUGCCCCUGUGUUUUCUCCUCCCUCCUCACCUGUGUCUUGUUUCUGUAGUAUCAGGCAUAAUAGGGUAGGAACCUUUAUGAUGUAACAUGUUGUGCAUCGGUGAUUAAUAAACGAACGAGAGCAAGUCAACCUACACGUUGGUCCAAUCCUUUCCUAUGCAAGAGCCUAUAAGUUAUAGUGAACACUUAUAACAAUAGAACAGUUUCUUUGAUUAGUCCUGUGUGCAUUUAGGUUCGUUUUUCCUGUUAGUCUUUGUGAGAUUGUUACGGUUGCUGUUUCUGUCUGCUCAUUAAUCUGCCUGUGAGUGUUUUCAGCUGUGCGUGUAAUAUGUAAAUAAGCUGCGCAGUAGCCCUGACGUCAUUGGCUGCCCAUCCUCUGGUCCUCCUCUGAAGAUAGUGAUUGGAUUGACAUCAUCCAAUCGCAGCGCACAGCCGGCCUCACACCUGCUGGGGAGGAGUACAAAGGCCGCGGACUAUCACCACUCUGGAGGCUCUGUUGAGUGAACAGACGCCUCUCGCUACUUGCUCCUUAGUGAAUUCUGUUGAACUGUGGUUAACCUUGUGUGAUUAGUUAGUGGUUAGAGUCGUUUUUGAUUCUGUGAUUGUCGCCUUUAGUUUAGCUGUGUUUUGUAUAGAUUCUUUGGUUAGUUGUACCACUUUUAAAGUGAGGUUUUGUUUCGUUCUUUAUAUUAUUUAUUUUCCCUGUAUGCCAUUAGACUCCUUUUUUAGAGUCCUCCUUUUGUUGGGUUAUCAACCUGUGCCCUUUUGGCCCUUUUGUUUGUUCAGGCUGCACGCCUUCCCUUUUGUUUCAUCCUGUUCUGUAAUAAAACCACUUAUAAUUAUUACCAAUUACAUACUGGUGUGUGUGUUGCAUUCCUCUUCCCCUAGUUGGGACGUAACAGAGAUCCUUGUUUGUCUUGACUGUGUUCACUGGGAAGAGUUCUGUUUGUACAUUAGCCUUGAAAUAAAGGUAUUUUCUGUUUAAAUCUGUAUUUGGGUCCUGCCUGCUUCACUCAACCCUGACAAAAUCAUCUUUAAGUCAGAAUUCAGUUUUUUUUUCUCAGAAUCAAAGUGUUUUUUUUACUUUCAGUCACAUCCCAAAACAUUGUCCUAAUGUGGCCCUAAUCCUCUUCCGUACUUUUUCACUACAGUUAGGCGACAGUUAGGUGUUAGAUAACAGAGGGCGUUGGUGUAGACAUAUAAAGACUUAAUGAGAAGUGAAUAGGAGCGGCAUCCGUUGGUAGAUAACACACCUGAAAAACAGAGGGGCAGGUAGUUUUCCUGUUAACGUCAGAGAAGACCUUUGAACAAGAAGCUCCCCCUCUGCAUUUUGACCCAGAACACAAAGCUGAACCGCAGGGAGACAAAUCGUGUCUUAAGACAACAUCAAGGGUGGGGUAUUUACCUGGUAAAGCUAGUAUUUGAUGAAUUAUGGAUGAAUGCCGGUGACUCUCGGGUGCCGUUUCAUUCAUGAAACAUCAGCUGCUGCCACGUUCUUUCACAAGAGAGAUCACCUUACACUGAGCCUUGACCCCAGCGUUUUUCAACAAUGCGACAUCUUCAGAGGAUGAGGAGUGUUUUCAAAUGUGUGCUCUUUGUUUCCAUCACACUCUGUGCUAUCUACUUAAUAUCUCCAUCUGUAAAACUUUUAAUAGGCUUCAUACCUAUGGAGAAAUGCCAUUUGGAAAGUGCAAAAAAUCUGGACAGCAGUGUGGACGCCAGCCUCAAUCUUCAGUCCAGACCUGAUGUGCAAACCUGUACAUAUUGGAAAGCUGCCAUCAUCUGGGAAGGGCUGUUUGACGCCCGCCUCUACGACGAGAUGCACAAGAUGAAAGGAUCCUCUGUGGCUCUAACAGUCUUUGCUGUGGGCAGAUACCUUGAUGCUUACCUACACACAUUCCUGAACUCAGCCGAGCAACACUUUAUGGUGGGUUUGCCCGUGACCUACUACGUGUUUACGGACAUGCCAGAGAAGGUGCCUAACAUCAAGUUGUCUCCUCUGAGAAGCAUGAAGGUGAUCAAAGUGGAGAAGAACUCCAGGUGGCAGGACAUCUCUAUGAUGCGAAUGAAGAGCAUAUCAGAUGUGAUAGAGUCUGAUAUUCGCCACCACUGCACGCACGUCUUCUGCUUUGAUGUGGAUCAGGUAUUUACCGGCAGAUUUGGAUCAGAGGCUCUUGGGGAUUCAGUGGCUCUGCUCCACGCCCACUACUACCACCUUCCAAAGUAUUUGUACACCUACGACCGCAACCCAAACUCCAAGGCGUACAUGAAAACUGGGGAUUUUUACUACCACGCUGCCAUCUUCGGAGGCUCGUGGAAGAAUGUGAAAGCGUUGACCGAGGCCUGCUAUCAGGGCAUCAUGGAGGACAAACGGAACAAUGUGGAAGCUCUGUGGCACGAUGAGAGCCAUCUGAACAAGUACAUGCUGCUCCACAAACCCAGCAAGGUUCUCUCUCCAGAGUACUGCUGGGAUACCAGCAUCGGUUUCAGGCGCGACAUACAAGUCACCCGAUUACUGUGGGCACCAAAAUAUUAUGACACACUUCGCACACCUUAAAAACUUGACAAAUGCUAACAAAUGUAAUGUCUCAGGUUCUCGUGCUCCCUGGCUCAUUUUGUUCUCUCAGGAAUUACUUUGCAGAUCUGCAAGUAUUUUCAUAAUGGAGUGACAACUUCUUAUAUAAAUACACGCUUUUCUUUUACCGGAUAUCAAAUGUUUUUGUUGCAAACAUAUGUAUCCCGUGACUGCAGUGGCUUCCUGCCAUUUCUCAAAGAUGUGUUGGAGGAAUGGACAUUUAAUAUCAUCGUAUCAGUUUCUGAAGAAAGCUUAAAGGGAGAACCCAGUAUGCUGUACUCUGCUAAGCUUUAGUAGAAGAAAAUAAUUUGAAUAGAAUUUGCUGUAGUUGCAUUGACAAAUCAUUAGAGCUCGAUCAAUAUUGAAAGUAAAUUUUUUGGUUACUUCACCAGUUUUGUCAUUAAUUGACAUUAGUUGUUCUUUCAGUCUGAUAUUCAUUAUGAAAUAGCACUUCAGUUUAACCCAGAUGAGCUUUGAAUGAGCUGGUGUGACUCCUGAUGCCUGAACUCUUUCUAUAAAUUUGUACUAUUGGAGUAAGAUGCUCCUUAGGGUGGUCCUUAGUGCCAUGUACAUUUUCGAAUUCAUUUAUUUUAAGCUCCAACCACCGGAAUUCGUUAUGAUAGUCAGGAAAACUCUCCUUGUGAAUUGUAUUCAAAUUCCAACAGCAUUUACCCCUCCCUCAUCAACCUUGAAGUUUAGCCUCAGUAGGCUGGUCCUUAAAAUUGAAAGUCGGAAAGUCUAAGCUCCAACCCCCAGAAUUCAUUCUAUUAUGGCACAUUUCCACUGCAGCGGGGUAGGCCCGUUUAAGCGUCCCUAAGCGUCCUCGCUCAGGCCUCGGGCUGCCUUGGGCUGCCUCGCUGGCCGUCCGAGGCCGUGGCGC